AUGUCCACCACCACCCCGAUCAAAGUCGGCUUCGUUGGCUUGUCUACUACAGGGUGGGCCUCGGCUGUCCUCGGACCUGCACUACUCCAGGACUCUCUCAAGAACACAUACGACCUCGUUGCCGUCUCUACCAGCUCAGAAGAAUCUGCACGCGCCUCCGCUGAGAAGUACUCGAAAGAGGUUGGACAUCCCAUCGAGGCGUAUUUCGGGAGCACGGAGCAAAUCGCUGCCGAUCCGAACGUAGACCUAGUAGCGAUUUCCGUCAAGGCACCGUACCACAAAGCACUGGUGCUUCCCGUCAUUCAAGCGAAGAAGGACAUCUUUAUCGAAUGGCCAGCAGGGGCAUCGUUGGAGGAGACAGAGGAGAUCGCAGAAGCUGCUCGUGUUCACGGUGUAAGGACCAUCGUGGGUCUUCAAACGAGACAUCAGGCAGCGAUCCAGAAGGUCCGAGAGUUAUUGUCUUCGGGUAUUAUUGGUACUGUCAGGUCCACCAAUAUUACGAACCUAAUACCGAGGGAAGGGCAUCUAUGGAUUCCAUUUUCCAAAGAGAAGGAUCUUUAUCUCGUGGAGCAUAAAAAUGGAGCCACACAACUUCACAUACCCAUUCUUCAUUUACUUGACACGGUUUCCUAUCUUCUCGGAGACUUCUCGAGCAUCACGGCGACGAGUACCAUAGCAUAUCCCACGGGCACUGUGGUCGACAAUGAUGGAAAACCCACUCCACGAACCUAUGCUGCACAGAACCCGGACCAUUUCUCCAUCACGGGAAUUUUACCAGGGGGUGUACUGGCCAACCUGUUCUGGAGAUCUGGAUAUGCCCUAGGAAAAGGGCGACGGAUGUACAUGUGGGAGAUCGAGGGCGACGAGGGCGUUAUACGGAUAGAGUCGUCUUCGCCCUUCCCUAGCGUUGUCGAGCCUGAGGUGUAUUUGAAUGGGACGCAGGUCGAUUUGGACGGUCCGACAGGUGCCGUGCAUACUAUUGGAGCUGCUUGGAAAGACUUUGCCGAGCAUGGGAGCCAUCAUGCCACCAUCGAGGAUGCAGUCAAGAACCAUAAGCUCAUUGAUGCUAUUGAGAAAAGCGCAAGGGAAGGGAAAACAAUACAUCUUUCAUUGUAA